AUGAAUCAUGCACGACGAGCACAUACAGCAUCCAUAUUAAUAAAUGGAAAAGUAUUAGUUGCUGGAGGAUUUGAUCAUGGUGCUCUAAGUAAUGCUGAAUUGUAUGAUCUCUCAACAGAAACUUGGACAAAUAUUGCUGGCAUGAAUGAAGCACGGGGUGAACACACAAUAUCCAUACUAACGAAUGGGAAAGUGUUAGCUACUGGUGGACUUAAUAAUAAUGGUUUUCUGAAUAGUAGUGAGCUAUAUGAUCCGUCAACAGAGACUUGGAUAACUACUGGUAGCAUGAAUAAUGCACGAGGUGAACACAUAACUUCCGUAUUAACAAAUGGAAAUGUGUUAGUUACUGGUGGAUAUGGUGAUAGUCAUUGGUUGAAUAGUGCUGAGUUAUAUGAUGUAUCAACAGAGACUUGGACAACUACUGGUAGUAUGAAUAAUGCACGAAGCGAGCAUACAUCAUCGGUGUUAACAAAUGGAAAAGUGUUAGUUACCGGUGGACAUGUUAGUCGUGAUUCUCUCGCUAGUGCUGAAUUGUAUGAUCGGUCAACAGAGACUUGGACAACUACUGGUAGCAUGAAUAAUGCACGGAGCGAACAUACAGCAUCCGUAUUAAUGAAUGGAAAAGUAUUAGUUACUGGUGGAUCGAAUUACAAUGAUAAUCUAAAUAGUGCUGAGUUGUAUGAUCCAUCAACAGAAACGUGGACAAUUACUAGUAGUAUGAAUCAUGUGCGAUGGAAACACACAGCAUCCGUUUUAACAGAUGGAAAAGUGUUAGUUACUGGUGGAUUUGAUCAAAAUGCUCUAAAUAGUGCUGAAUUGUAUGAUCCAUCAACAGAAAUGUGGACAACUAUCGGUAGCAUGAAUGGUGCACGAGGUGAGCACACAGCAUCCGUAUUAACGAAUGGAAAAGUAUUAGUUACUGGUGGGUCAUAUAUUGGUGUGGCUUUGAGCAGUACAGAACUACACAAAUCGAUUGCACUAGGUGUUGGACACCGUUAG